AUGGCAAUGGACGUUAACAUUGAGAAGUUGAACAAAUUGGCCGAGAAAGUACGUACUGGUGGUCCAGGUUCAGUCCGUAGAAAGAAGCAAGUAGUCCACAACAAGGCUGGUGGUGUUGACAACAGACAACUCCAAGCUAAGCUCCAAUCCCUCGGUGUCAGACCAAUCCAAGGUAUUGAAGAAGUCAACCUCUUCAAGACUGACGGUACUAUCAUCCACUUCGAUAACCCACAUGUCCAAACCGCCCAAAAGACAUUUGUCGUCUCUGGUACCGCUCAAAACAAGACCCUCCAAGAGCUCCUUCCAGGUAUCAUCAGUCACCUCGGAGCUGACAACAUCGAAAACUUAAAGAAAAUCGCCGAGCAAUUCCAAGUAAGAGGAGACAACAAGGCUGAUGAUGAUGUCCCAACCCUCGUCGACAACUUUGAAACUGCCGCUCAAAACUAA